AUGAAAUAUUUUUUCCAGAUAAGUCAUGCGGCAACUGUUACAGCUCUAAGUGACAAAAUUCAGUUUUCGUCUUUUCUUCGAACAAUUCCAAAUGACCUCUUCCAGUCUAUUGCCAUAGCUCAACUGGUUCUACAUUUUGGCUGGACAUGGGUUGGACUUCUGUCUGAUAGCAGUGACUAUGGUCUCCAAGGUAGCCUUAAAGUAAAAGAAGAACUUAUUAAAACUGGGGCUUGCAUUGCUUUUUCUGAAACAAUACCUGCAUUGCACUCUGAUAUGAAGAUUCAGUACAUAAGUGAAACAAUUAGAAAAUCCUCUGCUAAUGUGAUAGUGGUCUAUUCUGUUGAUGUUGACCUCUACCCUCUCAUGUUAGUGAAUGCACAGAACAACGUGACUGGAAAAGUCUGGGUGGGCACUGAUGGCUGGACACAGUCUUACCUGCUUUCUAAGAGUGACUUUUUGCGAACAUUGCAAGGGACGCUUAGUUUUCUGGUUAGAAAAGGAAACAUAUCAGGAUUCACAGAAUAUAUUUACAGUCUUAAUCCUUAUAGGAAUCCAAAUGAUAUAUUUCUAAAACAAUUUUGGGAACUUGUUUUUAACUGUAAGCUGCAGAUCCUAGAAAACAAUUAUAAGAACAUGACCAAAGAAUCAAAUGUCUGUGUUGGAGAUGAAACACUAGAGGACAUGAAACUGGACAUUUUUAAACUCAAUGAUUUAAGAAAUACAUAUAAUAUUUACAAUGCCAUAUACGCUGUUGCCUAUGCUUUACAAGAUAUGAUUUCAUGCAGAUACAGAGAAGGGCCAUUUGGCAAUGGCACAUGUGCAGUGAUGAAUGAUUUCCAGCCAUGGCAGCUUUUUCACUACGUAAAAAAUGUUCAUUUUUGGAACAAAAAUGGUGAGGAAGUAUUCUUUGAUAUACAUGGUGACCCUCCAGCAAUGUUCAGCAUAGUAAACUGGCAAGUAACACCAGAAAACUCUUUCAGGUAUCAGGAUGUAGGCCGCUUUGAUGCCACCGCUGCAGAUAACCAAAAGCUAACAGUGGACAUAUCUGCUAUACUAUGGAAUGAAGGUCAUGGAGAGAUCCCCCAGUCAUUGUGCAGUGAAAGUUGUCCUCCGGGCUACAGGAAGGCAGUUCAGCCAGGCCAGCCAGUUUGCUGUUUCAGUUGUAUUAUGUGCUCUGAAGGAGAAAUUUCCAACCAAACUGAUUCUAUUGUGUGUGUGAAAUGUCUUAAAGAUGGUUGGCCCAAUGAUAGACAAGACAUGUGCAUCAAGAAAGUAAUUGAAUUUCUUUCCUAUGAAGAACCACUUGGUGCAACACUAGCAGCAGUUUCCACAUUCCUGGAAAUGGCCACGGCUGCUGUCCUAACAAUCUUCAUAAAGUACCAUCAUACUCCUGUUGUCAAGGCCAACAACAGGGGGCUUAGCUAUUUGCUGUUAUUCAGUCUCAUGCUGUGCUUGCUUUGUUCAUUCAUUUUCAUAGGCAACCCAACCCAUGUGACAUGUAUGCUUCGCCAAGGUGCAUUUGGCAUCAUUUUCACAAUGGCUAUCUCUUGUGUUUUAGCAAAAACUGUCAUGGUAUUCAUUGCUUUUACUGCUAGCAAGCCAAACAUCAUCUUGCAGAAAUAUGCAGGACCCAAACUACCCAAAAUUUUAGUUAUGUUCUGUACAUCUGUUCAGAUAAUAAUAUGUGCUUGUUGGUUAGUUGUCUCUCCUCCAUUUAAGGAUGAAAAUACAGCUUCUGUAAUAGGCAAGAUUAUUAUAGAAUGUAAUGAAGGCUCACCUGUACCAUUUUGGUGUAUGCUGUGUUAUAUGGGCCUUUUAGCUGUUGUAAGUCUUAUAGUUGCAUUUCUGUCCAGAAAUCUCCCAGACAGCUUUAACGAGGCUAAAUUUAUCACAUUUAGUAUGCUGGUAUUUGUUUGUGUAUGGAUAUCAUUCAUCCCAGCCUACCUGAGCACACAGGGGAAGUAUAUGGUGGCUGUGGAAAUAUUUGCCAUUAUGUCCUCUGGGGCAGGACUGUUGCUUUGUAUAUUUUCUCCAAAGUUCUACAUUAUUCUGUUUAGACCAGAAAUGAAUACCAGAUACUACAUAAUGGGGAAAGGUGCAUUCAAGAAUGGAAAAGACUAA